CAUCCAUGUCCGCGGCUACACAGUCAUUGUGAUGCGCCUAUGACAUCGUCGCCGGAAAUGUCAAGAAGCAAGCUCUCAAACGCAAACGCAAACGGAUGAAUGUUUGAGUGAGGCUUCAUUGAGGCCAAGAUGAGGCUCACGCCUGCACUUUCAGUGAGGAAACUGCUCGCUCGAUUCCAGCCGCCGUUUCCUCCACAAUCUCCUCGCGAGUCGAAACAACUCCUCAAUGUCCUCGAAUCAGCCUUCCAAAAGCACCUAGACGAUGCUCAUCCUUCGCCGAGGGCGGUUGAAUCGAAGGUGGUCAAGGGCAAGGAUUGGAUACCUGAACCUGCACAACGACUCACCCAUUCGACUCACUCGCAUCUCGACAGCAUCCUCAGUCACCCUCUGUUGAAACGGAGGUCCCCCUCGUUCGUCCCUCCACACAGUCUAUCAGCGACUGCAGUUGCAACAUUCGAUGCGGCGUUGACUGGAAAGGGACUGGAUCGUCAUCUCGUUCAGUUUUGUACUUUACAAUAUCUCGAAGGCUUGGAGAAGAAGGAAAACAUCCCAGAAGAUGGCAGACUCGGGCCUAGACUCGCCAACUGGUUCACUACAAUGGACGAGCAAGAAAAAAAUGAGUUUUGGAUCAAUAACAAAUCGCUGAAACCCUUGGUAUCCGUGAUGUAUGCAGAUGGUCUUGAGGCAGCGGUAUGGCAAUGGCUGCAGGCUCUCUAUGAACGGCAAUUCUCCUCAAACACUUUCCCUUGGACGAACGAUGUAUCCGAUGCUGGAGUCUACCUUCUAGCUGAAGACAGACUGGUUGCGGCAAUGAUAUCGGAGACGAUCGCCAGAGGAUCUCUGCAGGAGGCGGCUGAGCUCUACGUUCAAGCCUGCAAAUACCGUCACGCAAAUGGGCAGACUGGACGACCAUUGAAAUGGUCAUGGCAGCGACUUUCGAUGGCCAUCCUAGGUCGGCGUAAGAAUCACGGUAUCCCAGCCGGUCUGUAUGAAGGAUUACUGGCAAAUGGCCUGUCUUUUCAUUCCUCAGGCGUGGACCACACCUUUGUUCGACUCUACCACCCCACGUCGCCUGUAGCAUCAAUGCUUUGCUCGAAACUUCAAGCCUCCACACUCGGCGACUUCUCCGAAUGGCAGCGAAAGUCAUCUUUCAAGAAGUCGGCCCGGAAGGUAUUCCUGGUCAAUCUACUCGACGCUGCACAGAUUUCACUAGAUCAGAACCGGCCUGCAGACGCUCGGUAUAUUCUAGACUGCGCAGAACGUGAAUACCCCGACUUCCUAUCCAGUCAAAAAGAAACAAAUACGAAGAAACGACUCGAACUAGCACAAGCAGCGAUGCUAAUACGGAGGCUGGAGGUUCGCCGACCAUUGCAGUCGUCGACCAUUCCAAUUGCAGCAUGAAUGAAUCCGUAGUCCAUAAUAAUGAUACCCUGUUUGAUGCACAUAUAGUACAAUGAAAUGUCCCAAGUUGA